AUGGGGGCGGUGGAGGUGGAGAGGAGCCCGGGGGCGAAGCUGGCGCAGCAGGCCGUGGCUGCCGCGCUGGCAGGGGCGGGCAGGGGGACGAGCGAGGGGGGUGACGGGGAGUGGGCGGAAGGCGAGGCGCUGUCGAACGUGGUGAGCGCCAAGGGGCUGCCCAGGGAGGCGGGAGGUGCUGCUGUGGCGUGGCGCAGUGGUGUUUCGUACUUGGAGUCGCCGAGGGGUGGUGCGGGGGAGGUGGGGGGGAUGGGGAGCGGUGGAGAGGGGUGGGAGGGCGGACUGGUGAAGCCGAGGGCUGGGAGGAGAAAGGAGGUGGCGGUUGGGGCGGUGAAAGGGGGAGUGGAUGGCAGAGAGGGUGGGGAGAAGAGUGUCGGCAGUGCUGGUGGUGGCAGCGGUAGUAGCAUGCAGACAGCAGCUGGUGGGGCAGAGGGUGGUAGCAGCAUUGUGGAUGGGCUGAUCUAG